GUCAGGGGUGAGGAAGCCUAACGUCAUAAGCUUGCAACAUGGCGUCCCGAAGGCUGUGAGAUGAGCAAGAGGAUGGUAAAGAACGCUUGAGAACGAUCCUACCAAUGAAUUAAGCUUCAGGUGGUGCUCGUGUAGGAAGAGAGAGAGAGCGAGAGUGAGCGAGAAGGACAGACGGAAGGUGGAAAUGGAACUGCCAAAUCAUGCCAAACAACUGCUGCUGCAACUCAACCAACAGAGAGCCAAGGGCUUCCUGUGUGAUGUUAUCAUCGUGGUGGAGAAUGCUCUAUUCCGUGCCCACAAGAACAUCCUGGCAGCGAGCAGCAUUUACUUCAAGUCUUUGGUCCUCCACGAUAACCUCAUUAACCUGGACACAGAGAUGGUUAACCCCUCUGUGUUCAGACAAGUUCUGGACUUCAUCUACACUGGGAAACUCCUGUCCUCAACAGACCAGAGCAGUGAGCAGAACUUCAGUGCCCUCUUAACCGCAGCUAGCUACCUCCAGCUCCAUGACCUUGCUGCUCUGUGCAGAAAGAAGCUUAAGCGCAGUGGUGGGAAACCCCUGCCAGGUAAACCCUCCACUCCAGGUCCCCUUAGCCGCUUACGCCUCAACAACCAGCACCUUUCCUCUUCAACCCCCACUGGCUCCAAUAACCACUAUCCUCCCACCUCUUCCGACGCUGACCAGCCACAGCCAGAUGAAGGCCUUCGGGACAAACUCUCAGAUGAUGAGAUGUUUGUUGGCAGCUCUGGGAAGAAUGGGAACGGGGGGAACGGAGGUAGUAAUGGUAGCCUCAGCAGUGGAGGAAGUGCUGGGGAGCCAGACCUUGGGCUAGAUCUGUCCAAGAAGAGCCCUCCCUCUGCGGGAACAGCCACUGAUGCCCUCAGCCCACACAGCAACUCCCAAGAAUCCCCCCAAUCUGCCUCAGUAUCCACAACCAACAGUGCCUCACUGGAUGACUCCUCAACCACCCUACCAGGUGUAGACAACUGUGGCUCAGACCCCAUGGAGGUCUCAUCAAAAGCUGAUGAUGCUCAAAACCAGCCUGACGGCCCCCCGCCCCAGAAGAAAACCAGACAGGGUUCCCGAAAAAAUGAAUGGCCUAAGAAAGAGGCAUCAGGGUUGAAGUCCGAGGAUCAUGACAGGCCUCUUGUUAACGGGGUAAUUGUGGGUCCUAAAGAUGGCCGGUCCUCAAGUGUUGGGGGCAAUGGUAGCAGCUUUGUGUCAGACCAGUGUAAAGAAGAAGAAGAGGGAGGAGAGAACGGCCAGGACCACAGUGAUGAGAGUGGGCAGAGUGAUGGAGAGAGUGCAGGAGGUGGAGGAAAUGGAGGGGGGCAUCACAGCGCCAACUACGUGUACCGCCAGGAAGGUUUUGAGCCAGCAUUUGGAGACAACCUCUAUGUCUGCAUUCCCUGUGGUAAGGGCUUUCCCAGUUCUGAACAGCUCAAUGCUCAUGUGGAGACGCACACUGAGGAUGAGCUCUAUAUCAAAGAGGAGGGAGGGACCUUCGUGAAAGAGGAAGAUGAGGAAGAGGCAGAGGACCUUUCAGCCACAGUGGGUCCCUCAAACUUUGGUUCGGAAACGCGUCCGUUCAAGUGCACAGUCUGCAGUAAGAGUUACAAAGACCCAGCAACGCUGAGACAACACGAAAAGAGCCACUGGCUGACCAGGCCCUUCCCCUGCAACAUCUGUGGCAAAAUGUUCACCCAGAGAGGCACCAUGACACGCCACAUGCGGAGCCACCUUGGCUUGAAACCGUUUGCAUGUGAAGAGUGUGGCAUGCGCUUCACACGCCAGUACCGCCUGACAGAGCACAUGCGUGUCCACUCUGGUGAGAAGCCGUACGAAUGCCAACUAUGCGGGGGGAAGUUCACCCAGCAGCGCAACCUCAUCAGUCACCUGAGAAUGCACACCUCACCCUCUUAGAAAUGCAUCAAGCCAAAGAACUCUGGGAAUAGAAUAAAAACAUUUCUCUACCUUUUUUUUUUUUUCAUCUCAAAAGCAAAGAAACGCACAUGUACACAUUCACAUGCAGACAGUUUUACAUAUAAGUCUAGUUUACGACGCCCUGGUUUAAGUGAAUGAUGUAGCUUUUAGCCACAGCGGGCUCUUGGUGACGGUGGGAUCUUGUCGAUGCAAGGAUCAUGUCAUCAUUUAUACUGAGUGAUGUCUGCUCACCUCUCAGGAGUUCAAGGGGAACAGUUUCCUCUUUUGUCUCUCUCCAAAGUCACGAAGCCAUGGUGGAGUGGCACGACUUCUGGUCUGCGUUACAAGUCUGUUAAAUGUGAAUGUGGGUACUGAUGUUAACGUCAAGCGCCCUCACCUCAUAACCCCUCGGCAGCCUUCCUCUCUUUUUGUUUUUACCAUUGAGUCGAUUUGAGUUUCCCAGAUUAUUCCUUGAAUGGCUAGCUUAAGAAUCCCAUCUGCACUCCAGUGCUACUUUGACCAAAAACCCGUGCAAGCAAACAAACAAUACUGGCAAUAAUUCAGCAAAAAGUUUAUUUUUACCCUGACAGCUUUAUAUCCUUUAUUAUGUUGGUGAUGGGCAUCUGUGUGUUAGAGGAGGGGUUACUGGGUUCGGGACCAUCUCCUUGCUUUAAAUAGAAAGCCCAGAGAAAAAGAAGGUUCCAAGUGGAAUGACAUUGGAUCAAGUUUUACUUUUACAGACGACAAAUACUCAAAGUCCUCUUCAUGGUAGUAUAGAGAGGAUGUUCAAUGUUUUCUUUUUUGCCUGCUUGUGCACCCAGGAGCGAAUCCUGGUCGGAAAGAUGAACCCCUUGAGGUACUUGUUUUACUUAAAGAACUUAUAAUGUUUCAGUGAAUGUUUAAACUGGAAGGUCUUGGGAUUUUUCUUGUCGA